AUGUGGGAAGGGAGGAGCGAGGUGAGAAGGGAGGAGGAGGGCGCUGCUUCGACAUCCACCACCGACGCCUUCACCUCAUACUAUGCCACCGCUCGCACACCCCCCCCCCCCCCCCAAACCCGUAACACCGACAAACGCCGCUCCACUGCCCCAUUCAUCAAAGAAACCCGAAAAGACCGCUGCCCCGCACGCACCUGGCCUCGCCACCGCUUCACAACCUCCCAAGUCUCGCUCCACAAUCCGCAGAAAUGGUGUCUCCCGGGCGGGAGGAACUACGAGAACAUCCACUAUGUGCACUUUUGCAACAAGCAGACAGAGUGCGCGGCGCACUCGUGGGUGGUGCACCUGCACAACCCCGACGUCGGAGUCCUGUUUGACGAUGCGGGCUGGGACGUGAUCAUACCGCCAUGUAAGGAGUUCGGGAGAUGUCACCCGCGCGAUGGCAGCAGGUCCGCCCUCAGCGCGCACCCCUACCUAGGGUUUGCACACACCAUCCCUCGCGCCGCCGGGAACCUAGGCGGGGGGCGCGUUCUGGUCCCUGGUCGAUAUGUUUCUGGGUUCCGAGGGCGCGGGGAAUUGAGGGCGUUUGAUGAAAGGCAGGACGACAACAAGACUGAAGUACGCUCAUUUCAACAGCGAGGUUGUGCCGUUGCUAGAUGGGUUGUUAAUUACCCUAUUCGGCGCCGACGUGCGAUAAACACGAGUCGGCUUUCUUUCUAA